UUGUGUCAGUUUUGUGUUGUGCGUAGUUGGGUUUAGUUUCUGAUGGCUUGAUUAAUUUUAAUAUUCUUUUUGUUUUUAUAUUCCGACCAAAUAUUUCGGUUCGAGCUUGACCAGACAUGGCACUGCUACCACCAGACCCAGUUUAUACCAUCCGGAAUGUCGACAAUUCGCCAGUGUAUUCGUUGGCGUUCAGCUUUCUUCCCGGCGGACUGGAGAGGUUACUAGCCGGUUCAAAAAAUGGAUAUGUUUAUGCAUACAACCUUCAGACAAACCGGGUGCAACAAAAAAUCAAAGUAGGUCAAGCUCCCAUCCUCCAUCUCCUUCACACCGACAACCAACUCAUAACUCAAGAGAAGGGUGGUAAAUUCAAAAUAUUCGAUUUAACCAACUCUGGAUACAAAGAAGUAACUUUAAUUGAUUUGGACUACCCUGGUUUUUGUCGCUUCGAAGCCAACACAAAACUCGAAACACUUUACGUACCUGAUAGGGAAUCCUGUGUCACGAUAUAUAAUUUUUCCGGAGAGAAAGUGGGUUCCCUUACACCAAACACUUCACCUAAACUCGGUGAUCCGAUGUGCAUGAAGUAUGUUGAAUUAACUAGUGAGAAGCCUUGCCUCAUCGUAGGCUAUGAGUCAGGAUGGCUGCUCCUAUGGGAUCUUAAUACUAGUCAAUGUGUCAGCAAGUUGCAGACUAAAGAAUGUCCAAUGUCUGUUGACUUUCACGUUGAACAACAGAGGGGUAUAAUUGGAAACGCCUCGAACAUGGUGCAAAUAUUUAAUAUAGGAAGAAAAGACUUGAGUUUGACUCACAAAUUGGAUGUCGCUAUAAAAAACCCUGGUAUUAACAAGGUACAAUCUCGUAUGGAUGGAAAAGUUUUCGUUUCUGGCGGUUGGGAUGGACAUAUUCGUAUAUUCUCCUGGUUUUCACUCCGGCCUUUAGUUGUACUGACCGAGCAUAGACAAGCGAUACAGGAUGUUGUUUAUUCUACGGAGAAAGUUUCUCUAUGGAAUGCUCAUAUUAUGGCAGCUGGUGGCCUUGAUGGAGCUAUUACUCUUUGGGACCUAUAUAACAAUAAACAGUAGAUACAAAGCUUUAUUUUGUGUUGAGGUGUCUAUAUUAAAUGAAAAAAAUAAUGUUUUCGAGCAAAAUUUGUGGUGAAUUGGAUAUAAACCUUUUCGGAAUGUGUAAAAAAUUGGCAUAAAUAAUUAAAUAUGGUAACUAAUGUAACAAAAGGUUUUUAUCAAAUUCAAUAUAAAUAUUUUUCUUAUAUUCUACAGUUUUUGGACUAGAUUAUUGAAAAUCCAAAGCGAUUUCAGAUUAUUUUUAUGAUAUAUGAGAAUAUUGUUAAUUUACUAAUAUUUCUUGACCAAAUUACCAAAAGAAGGAGGUGUUCAAUAUGUCUGUAUGUUUUUUACAAUGGUUUCGAUUUGAUAUUUCAAACCAAAAUUCAGUUCUUUGUAAUAUUACUUUGUAUGGAAAUUUAUAUUUUUCAAGAUAAUUAAAAACUCUUAAAAUAAGGUGUGAAUACCAAAUUGUGACUUACGAUAGUCUAUGCAGGCUUUUGAAGUGUUAAAUGUUCAAAUUUUUUUAUUUAAACAAUGUAGUCACCUUUACAUAAAAUAAUUGUAUCGUUGUUUGUGUUAUAUUCGCCAGAAUUGCCUUUAUGUUUUCAAUGUAUUUAGAAAUAUCAAAUCCUUUAAUUUUAAACGAAAUUUUUAUUAGAAUGUGAUUUUUAUUUCAAAUAAUUUCAAUUGGAUCUCAAUUUUUGUUUUGUACAAAUGAAAACAGAUGUAUUGUGUUUCCACUGCUGACAUUUGUAUAAAAACAUCCAUUUUCCAUCAGGAAUAAGACGUAUAUGUUUCUGUACAUGUUUCUCCAGUGGAAACUCAGUUUUAAGAAACAUCCAUUUUGUGCAGUCAACUUGUAUUGCUAAGAGUAAUUUGUUGAUGAUGGAAAAGAUUAUUUUCUCUGAAUGAUUUAAGCAAUGUUUUUAAGACAUUAAAGCUUUGAAUUUA